CCCACUUCUAAGUGUUAUAUCGGCAUAUUAAAUAACAAAAGGGAGGUAGGUUGGAUUUGGUUUGGUUGUGAAAUUUUGUGAAUGAGACGAAAGAGAAUGUUGUUAGGUAGUUGACUUGGCUUGGCAUUGAAUUGGGAUUUAGGACGGAUAGAGUUUAUUUAAAAAAUUUUAAAAGUAACAUAAGUAGGUAUAUUAAAAUACAAAUUACGCUUAGAUUUUGGGUUAAAUCACAAUGUUUCGAAGUCUGCACAAAGUAACGCAAAAUCUGAAUGCGUUUAAAAGUAACACAAAAAUUGUUUUCGUGAAUUCAACGCGGUGCCAUCACAGCAAUGUUGUUCAAAUGCUAAGGUCCCAUCACCUCAAAAAGAAGGAACCACAGGAUAUAUUAAAAUGGGUGUUGUUGGCCAUGCCUGUGACUUCCUUUGGGCUCGGCUGUUGGCAAAUUUAUAGAUUAAAAUGGAAACUAGAGCUUAUUGAUAUUUUGCAUGCUAAAGCAAACUCUAAUCCAAUAGACAUGCCAACUGAUUUGGAAAUGUUGAAAGAUCUUGAGUACAGACCAGUGAAGGUAAGAGGAGAAUUUCUGCAUGAUAAAGAGAUGUGCAUUGGACCAAGGGCUCUUAUUGAAACUGAAACAGGUGUUGCAAGACCUGGCUCUUUGGUAUCCGAUCCUAAAAAGAACCAAGGGUGGCUGGUCAUCACACCAUUUCAGCUGGAAGACACUGGGAAAGUAAUUUUAAUAAAUAGGGGGUGGGUACCUCAAAAGCUGCGUCCUAAAGAAAAAAGGGGACAAUCAUUGUUGAAAGGUCCUGUCGAGCUUGUCGGUCUCGUGAGACUUACAGAGAAAAGAGCACCAUUUAUGCCAAAAAAUAAUCCGGCAAAUGGGUCAUGGUAUUACAGAGAUUUAGAACAGAUGAGUGAAUAUAUAGGCUGCGAUCCUGUUUGGCUGGAUGCCCGUGGCACAGCAGAACCCCCUGAAGGCUGGCCCAUCCCCAACCAGACUCGUGUGACCCUCAGGAACGAACACAUGUCGUAUGUGGUCACAUGGUUCUGUCUAUCAGCCUUCACUGGAGUCAUGUGGCAUCGCUACUUUGUCAAGAAGUUACCACUGAUAUAGAAUUAGUUUUUUUGUAGUUAAUAUAAAUAAUAAUAAAUAAAGUGUAUCCUAUAUUAGUUAUUACUUACAAAAUAUUUGAUUUACUAGAUAAUAAUGGAAACUGGAAUGAGAAACCUGGACCAAAGAAAUCUGAAUUCAUAUACAUUGGUUUAAUAUGAACCAAUCUUCAUGAAAUGUGUACGUACUUUAUAAAGCCCUUUUAAACCUACUUAUCACGAUAGUAGGCGAUAGGUAGUAGGUACUCAUAAGACAAUAGACAAUAUGUGAACAUGUUUCAAUUAAAGUUAUUGGAAAGUAAAAUGAUUGUAGGCUUCGUAAGACAUAAUUAUCAGAAUAGACAUCAACUAAUUAUAAAACUCUUCAGUAACUGUGUAACUGACAAACAACGAACAGUCCAAACCGCUAGGGACAUCUAGAGAGCAACUUGAAAUUUGACAUGUAGGUUACUCCCUAGGGGCGUACAAAGAGAUUUCCUGGAAUCAUCAUUAAUGGAUCCCCAAAGUUGUAGGGUUAGUUACUACAUAAGUAUAGUCUGUAUUUUGUAAUUGUUGUUUGAAAACAUCAUUCUUUUCGGGGCGAAAAGAAUGGAAACGUUUAUACGUUCAGGGCCUUCAGGAAUUGAAAAUAAAUUAUCUUAUUACUACUACGAGAUAACAAAGCAAAUAAAAUUUCUUAAAAGCUUGUUUCUUUAGUAACACCUUGUACUUUUAAAUAUAUACUAGCAGCUUCGCCCGCGUGAAUCUAUAAAAUGCAACGAAUUAAACGCCGCCUACAAAAAAUGGUAACAAAUAAACUCGCUUUCGCAUUUAUAUUAGUUGGGAUGGAUAGAUUGCGUGCUAAAACUACAAGACGACCAGCGAAUGGGACCAGAGUUUGGGUUACACCCUUAUCGAGGAUAUGGGGAUGGCAUUAUUUUAGGUUGACCAGAAUAAAACAGUCUUUUUAGUGAGAUCUAAUCAUAUUUCUUAGUAUAAUAUUCCAAAUUAUACACUUAAAAUUACACUGCAAAUUAAAAUUAACUCAGUAAUAAAUUAGUAACUCUAAUUUAGGUUAAGUCCACUGUGAGACUUUCGAGCGUCAGCGCUCGUAUGACGCCCAGUAGGUGCCCUAAGACUUGUUAUCAAUCGCCCUUUAUUCAUUUAGAGUUACUAAUUUAUAAUAUUAAGGCAGAAGCGAAUCAUAAAUAUCACAGAAAUACUUAUGAAUCACACUAAAUUGAAGUUAGUUGAUUUGAUUCAAUUUACUUGGGCACACAAUCCUUUCUUUCUUAUGACCUUAACAUGGUUCCAAAUUUAAAAAAAAUAUAUUUACAUAACCAAUAUUAUAACAAAUAAUGUCAAUAUUAAAAUAAUAAAAAAUUAAUAGAUCAUUAUAAGUAUGCCGCGGGCGCAUAAUUUAAUAAGGUAUCUUAACAUGCUUUCACACGUUACAUUAUUAAAAUUAUAAAUAUAACCAACUAUUAUAACAAAUAGUCAAUAUUAAAUUAAUAAAAUUAAAUCGAUCAUUAGGUAUAAACGUUAGCUGUGAA